UGGCGUGCACAGUUACAAAGUGGCCUUCACGUCGUCAGCGGGUGGACCUUCUGACGUGUUUCUUUUAACGAUGAAUAAUCGAGACCUUUUUUAUGAUCAGAUCGACAUCAAGUUCUGUAGUGAAUUCUGUUCAUUGUUGAAGUCAUGACACGGGCAGCGACAAUCACAGGGUGGCUCUUCACGAUAGGACUUAUUUCAGUCGUUGCUACAACCACAUCCCCUCCCACUACAACAGCUACGAGUACACAAAGACCUUCUCCUGGAAAUACUGACGCUGUUAGACCAGGACCUCCAGACAAUACUGUAGUGGUAGUUGUGUGUGUCGUCUUUGGGUUGUUGCUGAUCGCUGGGACUGUGAUUGGUGUGGUCAUAUACAGGAGAAGAUGGAGCAGGAAGACGUGCGCAGAAGUGCUUGAUGAAAGGCCCUAUACAACACUGCAACAUGGAGCGAGUGUCCUACAUGAAUAUGGAGUCAUCAGGAACGACACCACACAGGGGACGUGUACGUCUCAGUCAAAGACUUAA